GGAAUGUGGAUAUGCAUUUGGAGGAUGUUCUAUAACUAUCUAUAGCUCCCCCGUAUCUUCUUUCUCUCUCUCUUUCUCUCCAGUUCACCGCAUCAUCUUCUUACUCCCUCCACCACUGCAGGCCGAGAGAGUGUGCCGUCUCUCUCGUUUCUUCCCUGCCGUCGGGAACACUUCCCGUGCUGUAGCGUCAAAGUCCACCGUAUCUUUCCCCCCCCAGAAGGACCCUGGUGUCAUCAUGUCGGACGUUCCGCGCGCGCUCCCUCCCCACGGGGGAGUGCAAGAGUCCAUGCUAUCACACGGGAGGGCUUCGUCUGCUACCUCUGUCACCUCAUCCUCAACGGUAACUGCCUCGGAACGCAGUCUUGAUGGCCGAUGGGGAGAGCAGGAACAGGGCGAUCCUGUGUCCUGUCGUGGUGCCAUGGAGGACUUUGAGCAGAUGAGGCGCGAGCUGACCCGUAUCAGUCUCCAUCGUUCUGUUUCCAGGGGCACGCGUCGUCAUCAGUCCAACAAGGACGACGAGGAGGCCUUCCACACCAAGGAGGCCUUGGCUGAUAACCAUGGCCCGCUUCCCAACGCCGUCGACUUCGAUCUGGGCGAGUUCCUCAUGAGCGGCCACCUGGAACGGCGAGAUACCAUUGGUGAACCCGCCAAGAAAGUUGGUGUUGUCUUCAAGAACCUCACCGUCAAGGGUGUCCAGACUGGCGCCUCCUACGUCCGGACUCUGCCGCAGGCCGUCAUUGGCACCUUUGGCCCCGAUCUGUAUCAGAUCCUCUGUCGUUUCUUCCCGUUUCUCCGCUUUGGACGGUCUCUGCCAAUCCGGGAUCUGAUCCACGACUUCACCGGUUGCGUCCGCGAGGGGGAGAUCAUGCUCGUCCUCGGUAGGCCCGGUGCGGGAUGCACAACCUUCCUCAAGGCCAUUGCUAAUGACCGUCAGUCCUUUGCUGCUGUCGAAGGUGACGUCUCCUACGGUGGCAUCUCUGCUGAGGAACAACAUGAACGCUUCCGUGGUGAAGUCAACUACAACCCGGAAGACGAUCAGCACUUUCCCUCUCUCACGGUCUGGCAGACGCUGCGCUUCGCCCUGAUGAACAAGACCCGCAAGAGCGACAAGAGUAGCAUCCCCAUCAUCGCCGACGCCCUGGUGAAGAUGUUCGGUAUCAGCCAUACUAAGAAUACCCUAGUCGGCAAUGAGUACGUCCGCGGUGUGUCCGGUGGUGAGCGGAAGCGUGUCAGUAUCGCCGAGACUCUCGCUACCAAGUCUUCCGUCGCGUGCUGGGAUAACUCGACUCGCGGUCUGGAUGCGAGCACUGCUCUCGACUAUGCGAAGUCGCUCCGGAUCAUGACCGAUGUCAGCAAGCGGACCACCUUUGUCACCUUGUACCAAGCUGGAGAGAGUAUCUAUGAGCUUAUGGAUAAGGUCUUGGUGAUCGACUCGGGCCGCAUGCUCUAUCAGGGGCCCGCAAAUGAAGCCAAGCAGUACUUUGUGGAUCUGGGGUUUUAUUGUCCUGAACAAUCAACAACUGCCGAUUUCCUCACUUCUCUCUGUGAUCCUAAUGCGCGCCAGUUCCAGCCUGGUCGCGAGGCAUCUACUCCGAAGACGGCGGAAGAGUUGGAAGCGGUCUUCAAGAACAGCGAUGCAUACAGGCAUAUCAUUGACGAUGUUAACGCUUACGAGAGACACCUCGAGGAAACGGACAAGGCUCAUACUCGCCGAUUCGAGCGGUCCGUUGCUGAAUCCAAGAGUAAAACCGUUCGUAAAAAGUCCAGCUAUACCGUCUCCUUCCCACGCCAGGUUGCUGCGUGUUCUAAGCGUGAGUUCUGGCUGCUAUGGGGUGAUAAGACCUCCCUGUACACCAAAUUCUUCAUCAUCAUCUCCAACGCCCUCAUCGUUUCCUCUCUGUUCUAUGGCCAAUCGCUUGACACCAGCGGCGCCUUCUCGCGCGGUGGUUCCCUGUUCUUCUCGUGUCUCUUCCUGGGCUGGCUGCAGAUGACCGAGUUCAUGCCUGCGGUUUCUGGGCGAGGAAUAAUCGCUAGGCACAAGUCGUAUGCUUUCUAUCGUCCCUCUGCCGUCGUCAUUUCACGGGUGGUCGUCGACUUUCCUUUCGUCUUUGCGAUGGCUGUGCCCUUUACCAUCAUCGUGUACUUCAUGCUAGGUCUCGAUGUCACGGCCUCGAAAUUUUGGAUUUAUGCGCUUUUCGUGUAUACCAAUACUAUCUGCACAACGGCCAUGUUUAGGAUGUUUGCCUCUUUGUCGCCGACUAUUGAUGAUGCCGUUCGAUUUGGUGGUAUAGCGUUGAAUGUGUUAAUCAUAUUCGUCGGAUAUGUUAUCCCCAAACAAUCCUUAGUUCAUGGAUCUGUUUGGUUUGGAUGGCUAUUCUAUAUUAAUCCGCUCUCGUACACGUACGAGGCACUUCUAGCCAACGAAUUUGCUGAUCGUUCUAUGAAUUGUUCCCCGUCGCAACUUGUGCCCCAGGGUCCUGGAGUCGAUCCCAGUUUUCAGAGCUGCGCCCUAUCUGGGUCCAGCACUAAUACUACCAUCGUCUCCGGGAGUAGAUAUCUGGAUAUAACGUUUGAAUUUACACGACACCAUCUUUGGCGCAACUUCGGAGUCGUUAUUGCUUUCACCGUCCUCUACAUCUUGGUCACAGCUAUUGCAGCUGAACUGCUCUCCUUCACGGGUGGCGGUGAUGGUGCUCUGGUCUUCAAACGAACCAGACGGUCGAAGGCUGCAGCAACUCGAACCAGUAAGAACAAUGACGAGGAGAAGGUCCAGAAGCUAGAAGACGACGCGGCCCUGUCUCGCGGCGAGUUGAAGACAUCUAACGAAGAGGGAAAAGCCGUCGCUCGUCUUUCUUCUAGUGAGCGGGUCUUUACCUGGUCCAACGUUGAGUACACGGUACCGUACGGGAAUGGAACGAGAAAGCUUCUCAACGGCGUCAAUGGAUACGCGAAGCCUGGAGUCAUGAUUGCUCUGAUGGGUGCGUCUGGUGCCGGCAAGACCACGCUGCUCAACACGUUAGCCCAGCGACAGAAAAUGGGCGUUGUAACCGGUGACAUGCUCGUGGAUGGACGGCGCCUCGGGACAGAUUUCCAGCGAGGAACCGGGUUCUGUGAACAGAUGGAUCUACACGACGGGACGUCGACUAUUCGCGAGGCGUUCGAGUUCUCCGCCAUCCUCCGCCAGGAAAGAGAUAUUCCACGCCAGGAGAAGAUCAAAUAUGUCGACCGGAUCAUCGAAUUGUUAGAGCUUCAGGACAUCCAAGAUGCGCUCAUCGGCUCUCUCAACGUGGAACAGAAGAAACGAGUCACCAUCGGCGUCGAGCUAGCCGCCAAACCGAGUCUGUUGCUCUUCCUUGACGAGCCCACCAGCGGACUGGACAGUCAAGCGGCAUUUUCAAUCGUGAGGUUCCUUAAGAAACUAAGUCAGGCCGGCCAGGCUAUCGUCUGCACGAUCCAUCAGCCGUCAUCGAUGCUUAUUCAGCAAUUUGACAUGAUCCUAGCCCUCAAUCCCGGUGGGAAUACCUUCUACUUUGGCCCUGUCGGUAAGGACGGUUCCACCGUGAUCAAAUACUUCGCUGAUCGCGGCUUCGUCUGCCCGCCUGCAAAGAACGUUGCCGAGUUUAUUCUCGAAACUGCAGCGAAAAGCGGCAGCAACGGUAGCGGCAAGUCCGUCGAUUGGAACGAGGAAUGGCGGAACUCCGAAGAGAACCGUCAAAUAUUGGAGGAGAUUCGGCGGAUUCGCGAGGAGCGCAGCAAGUUGCCUGUUCCUGAGACGGGGACUCAGCAUGAGUUUGCGGCACCGGCUUCUGUGCAGACGGUCAUGCUCACUAAACGGAUGUUCAAGCAGUACUGGAGAGAUCCGUCGUAUUACUAUGGAAAGCUAUUUGUCAGUGUUAUCAUUGGCAUCUUCAACGGAUUUACAUUCUGGAUGCUCGGCAACACAAUAUCCAGCCUUCAAGACCGCAUGUUCUCCGCAUACCUCAUCAUCCUCAUCCCCCCGAUCAUCAUCAACUCAGUCGUACCGAAAUUCUACGUCAACCGCGCCCUCUGGGAGGCCCGUGAAUACCCCAGCCGCAUCUACGGCUGGUUCGCCUUCUGCACGGCGAACCUAGUAUGCGAAAUCCCCGCGGCGAUUGUGACAGGCCUUGUCUACUGGCUCCUGUGGUACUAUCCCGUGGGCCUCCCAACAGACUCCAGCACAGCCGGCUACGUCUUCCUGAUGACGAUGCUCUUCUUCCUCUUCCAAGCGAGCUGGGGCCAAUGGAUCUGUGCCUUCGCACCCUCCUUCACCGUGAUCUCCAACACGCUCCCUUUCUUCUUCGUAAUGGUUAACUUGUUCAACGGCAUCGUCCGCCCCUACGAUGCAUACCCUGUCUUCUGGAAAUACUGGGUGUACUACGUCAACCCGACAACCUGGUGGUUACGGGGCGUGUUAUCCAGUAUCUUGCCCUCGGUCAAGGUCGAGUGCGCCCCGACCGAAACGACGCAUUUCAAUCCGUUACCCGGCCGCUCCUGUGGCCAGUACGCAGGGUACUUUGUCUCCCAUAUCGCCAAGGCUGGGUACCUGGUUUCUCUGGACGAUGGCGCGGAUUGCCAGUACUGUCCGUAUCGCGAUGGGAGGGAGUAUAUGCGGACCCUCAACGUGCAUGAUGGAGACAAGUGGCGCUGUUUCGGGAUCUUCCUGGCUUAUGUGAUUAUCAACUGGUUCUUGGUUUAUUUCUUCGUUUAUACCGUUCGGGUAAGGGGGUGGUCGUUUGGCAUGGGGUAUGUAUUUGGGUUGUUGGGGUUGGGGAUUGAAAGGGUGAAGAGGAUUUUUGUCCAUUGAUUUCUUUUUUUUUGCUGAAAAAGCCAUUACGUGAUAUACAGUAAUUAUAAUAACUAGAGAGAUGGUGGAUACAUAGAAUGGAUACACCACAGCAAUAUCAUAAUGUUGAUCAACAACUCAGUCUAUUAAUAUGUUGCCA